AUGUUUGGUAAGGCGAUUAUCUUAAUCGUGUCAAUAUUGAGUCAUCUUCUCAUUUACAACUUCAUUCGGACAUCCCUUGUUUAUAAAAAUAGAUAAGAAGUCGACCAAAUAUUGACAUACCUUAACAAAUACUUAACAAACACUUAUUAUGCACCUUCAGCCAAUCAUUCCGCAUAUAAUUCGAUUCUAGUGAAACCAGAAUAUGACUAUUGCAAAAGGUCAGAUUUAUACAAAUUUUACCACCCUGAUGUUAUAAUGACAGACACUUAUACUUUUCGCGAAGUCAAAGGUGUGAUCAGAGAGACCUUGAGAUCAUCUUAUUUUGAUUGCAUCCCUUAAAUGUACUUAAAAAUGAAAAAUUCCCAAAGUAAACAUGCUUAUUCUAAUAAAUUGAUAGCUUUAUCGAAGCAUAUUUUGCCAGAGCAAUUAACUUUGCCAUUCACUUACUACGAUUAAUUGAUUCAUAAAUUUAAAGUGGGAUAAGCAUCUCUAUGUUUAUUCUAAAAAUAUAACCAUUUGCCUUCAAGACAUGUUCUUUCUCACAAGGACAACCUCAUGAAUAAUUAAUAUAAAUAUAUCGAUUCUCUAAGAGAGAAAGGUGUUGAUUAAGAAUGUAUUUAAAAUGCAACCUUCAUUCCAAAAACCUAUCGUUUGUUUUAGAAAUAAGAUUGUAAAGAAUUUUUCGAUUAUUUGAAUUCUAAGGAAUACAAGGAUAAAAUAGCUAAAGAAGGGCCCCAAUUUAUAACCAAAGUAGGUUUAGAAGUUCAUCGAGGCAGAGGAAUCAAAGUGUUGUUUCCUGAAGAAACUAAAAAGUUGUAGGAAAAAUAUAAAAAUGGAAAAAGUUGUGGUGCAGAUCACUCUCUGUUAGUUGCACAAUAAUACAUUGGAAACCCGAUGUUGUUCAAUAAUCAUAAGAUAGAAUUUCGAAUAUAUUGGGUUCUGGCUUCGACUAAUCCAAUAAUAGCCUAUGCAUACGAUAAGACCUUAAUUAGAAGAUGCAUAGCUCCAUUUGACAAGUUCUCAUUAAACAAGGAAGCUCAUGUUUGCAAUACAGCCAUAGUGAAGAGCACUCUUAAGUAGAGAGGAGCUGAUUUGGAUUUGGAUGAUGAAAAUGCUGAUGAAUCUGAAUUGUUUAUUGAUUGGAAAUUGGAUUAUUUGCAAGACUUAUUACUUUAAUAAGGAAAAAUUAAAGACAAGAAAUGGCUCCAAAAUUAUCUCUAUCCAACAGUUGAUAGAAUGAUUAUACAUUCUAUUAAGUCAGUGGAAGACUAAAUAACAAGAGACAGUAGAUUAGCAGAGUUCUUUGCAGCUGAUUUUAUUCUGACUGAUGAUCUCAAAAUUCACAUCAUGGAAAUCAAUUAUAAUCCUCAAACAUUAAAGACUACACCUGCGAGGUAAAAGCAACAUGCGAAGAUGGCUUAGGACAUGAUUGAUAUUCAGAAUGCCUAUCUUAGGAGUAAGUACUUGAGAUUUAAGAAGAUUACUCCUUAAAAUAUAAGCUAAAAUGAAAAAAGAUUUUAAACCUCUCGAUUAAAUUAUUACACAAAAAAAUAUAGAAGAAAUAAAUGAAGCUUAUAAGGAUAAAUUGGAUUAAGGCAUAAAGAUUAAUGAAGAUAACCUUUUCAGAUUAAUAAUGGAUGAAAACUUGCCGGGAACAAAAAAAUAUAAAGAUCUAAUUUAGAAAAAAUGCUUAUGAUGUAUUAUGUGGCUAAUUGUGUAUUAAAUAAUAAAUAUUAAAAGAAAUGGAUUAA